AUGACGACUCUCAAGGAAAUACUUGCCCUCGAGCAAGUGGAACAGAACCGCUUCAAGAGCAAGCAAAACCCUCCACGAAUGGGAAAUACCCUACCAAUUGCUUUCGGAGGAUAUACGAUCGGUGUAGCAACCCAAGCUGCUUGCUAUGCUAUCCCUUCAAACCAUAGGCUCUAUGCAGUGAACGGAAAUUUUCUGGGCCCAGCACUGACAGACCGCCCGGUGUUCAUCAACACAAAAACAUAUCGAUCAACCAAAACCUUUACCACGAAAUUUGUCGAAGUCUGUCAAAAACAGGAUGAUGGCAAGGAGAGAGUAUGUCUAGUAGCCCUAGUCGAUUUCCACGUCGUCGAAGCAGAAUCAUUCAUGGUAUACUCUGCACCACCCAGCAAGCCAUACUCGCCAGUCUCCGAAUCCUGGACACCAGCAGAACGCAAGAAAACAAUGGUGGAAGAAAAGAUCCUCACCCAAGCCGAUGUCGAUAGACAUGACAAACUCUUCAGUCUGAUGAGCGAACUCAUCGAUAUGAGAUUCACACCUCAAAGCAUACACGGACAAACCCUGCAAGGCUUUGCCAAAGGCCACAAAACCACUCAAGAACACCUUCCCCUCACCGACCGCUCAUCAGCAGACUGGCUGCGCGUGCGCGAAAAAGUCUCCACACAUGCUGAAAACGUCACAUCCCUGGCUUUCCUCUUGGAUGCAAGUAUUUCUUUCCAACCGCUUGUGUUGCAGAGUAUGCCGCUCACGGAAUCUGGCGCUUGUUCGACUCUGGAAUUUUCGCUGAAGUUUUUGACGCCCGAGAUUGAUAUCAAUGAGUUUCAUUUGAGGGAGUGGAAGACGUAUGCUGGAGAUGCGGCGAGGACGUUUUCGGAAGCAAGGCUUUGGGAUGGCAAGGGCAAGAUGGUUGCGAGUAUGUCUCAGACCUCUAUCUUGAGGCCUCCCAAGAAGGCUGCGGUGAAGAAGUCGAAAAUCUAG